AUGGUACGCGAGGCCAGUUCGAGAACGCGACCCUAAACUCUAACAUCCGGCAUUUAUUUCAAAUUCUCUAACAGUUUUUACUUCAAGUUUUUGUUCAAGAAUUACUCAUUAAGUUUAAGAUUUUUCAAUAAAAAAUCAGACCAUGAAGAUUGCUCUGGUACUUUUUGUUACAACGUGUCUUGUUGCAGGGCAAAGAAUAACAACGAUUCAAUUGGAUGGAGUUCAGUACUUUGUGUCCAGAAUGAACCCAUACAGUCCAGAAUUGAACUACUUCCUGGCAUACCAGUACUGUCGUUCAUUGGGCCUGCAAUUGGCAUCAUUCGAGACUAAGGAAAAAGCUGAUACGAUGACGCAGUAUCUGAAGAAUGCAGGCUACACGAAAUAUGAUUUCUGGAUAUCAGGAAAUAAAUUGGGAACUGAUAUGCUGCUGUGGCUCAGCACAGGUCUGCCAUUUAAUUCGACAUUUGAUUAUAUGGCAAGACGAGCGAACCGACCAGCUGAUGUUCCACCAGGAACUGAACCCCAGAGGGUGGCACGGGAGAGUGAUGCCAGCGGUAGCUCAGACGCUUGUGUUGCAAUGGUAGCACCAACACUAGCAUGGGACAGCCAGGAUUGUUCACUGGUCAAAGACUUUAUAUGCGAGCAAACGAGAUGCUACUAUUACAAUUACGGGAGCAUACCAGUUUCGGCAACUCAGGGAAACCGUAGGCCUUACGCAACAACGACAACCGUACCGGAAACUGACCGAGAUGAUGCGGAUAGGCUGGACACGUCUCCCACAAAUGACGAAAUUACUGAACCAAAAUCAGAUGAUCACGAACAACCGGAAAAUACUGAAGUUUCAUCCGAGGCAUCGGCAAUUUCAGAGGAUCCAGUUGUUGGCAGACUCAUGAGUACAUUAAGUUCAUCAUCUCAAAAAAAAGACGAACUGCUGCCAGUUGAAAAAACGACUAGACCUGAGGACAUUCCCAACAUAACGAGUCUUUUCACGAAGGGUCCCGGUGGACAAACACGCAUUGAGACACUAUUCGAGGGCCUAGAGACCCAUGAGAUUCGCUCCCUCCAACGUAAAAAUCAAGAAAAAAUCGCUGAACAUCCUGAAUCACCUGAUUAUGAAAAUAUUGACAUGCAAACUGAAAUGCCAGAUAAUGCUUUAGAGGAUGCAAAGACUAUUGGCCCUUACGACAGUAAUCAGGAUUAUGUCAAUGAUCAGCCGGAAACGUUAACGGGUCAUGAUACUUCUAAGGGUCAAGAGGAAGACGCAAGUACUAUUUUACCGGAUGCCGAGCCAGCCUACAGAUAUAACAUCAAAGUCCGCAGUAACGGCAAAGUAUUAGACCCUCCGUCCAAGUAAUAUACUUUUUAAUCAUUUACAAGUUAUCAUCUAAGACUAUUUCAUAGAAUUUUUUGAAGAUUUUUUAAACUCGACAAACGACUCUCCUAUUUUUAUAAAUCCGUUUGGAAGAAACAAGCUCGAGUGAUUCAUGAGGAAAUGUAAUAGUUCCAGUGAUAUAGCCAAAAUAAUUUGAAUUAAAUCGCAGUUUCUGGGUUUCAUUCCUUCAAAAUUAUCCAGAAAUAAUUUUGAUUAUGGACAAGUGUUUUUAUAUGAUCCAGUAUGUUACUGGAAAAAAAAAUUGUGUGGCAUCUUAUUUUAUGACAUUUAAAGUAAUGUCAACUGUGUAAUACGAAGUAUGAUACGAUGUCACGUAAGAUCAAGUUUUGUAUGAAACAAUUGACCUCUGCCUUCAAUUAGGAAUACGAGUGCAAGACGAAAUGUUCUUUGAGAAAAUUUUGAAAGUUGAAAAUAAAUCAACAUUACCGGAAUAUUCUUCAUCUCCUUAUAUUGCAACGUUUCUGUCAUCCAGUCGUAUUCCCUCCAUGACUAGAAAUGUAUUGUAAGAUUUCUCCAUUCAUGUUUUUUUUUAUCAAUAAAUAUGGAACGCGAGAUAAGUGCGAGAGAAAUUACGAAGUAAUUACGUAUGAGUGAUUAAUAAAAUUAAAUAUCAAUGUCUUAAAA